AUGUGGAGGCGCCAGGAUCUCAGGGGGCAGCCGACCGCGGCGCUGCAGGACGCCGAGGCCGCGGGCGCGGAGGGCGCGGAGGUGCGGGCCGCCCGCCAGGCCCUGGCGGAUGAGAAAGCGAAGCUUCAGAGGAUCCAGGACGAGGAGGCCGCGCGGAAGCAGGCCGAGGAGGCCGAGGAGGUGCGGGCCCGCGAGGAGGCCGCCCGGAGGCAGGCCGAGGAGGAGGCCGAGAGGAGGGCCCGCGAGGAGGCCGCUCGGAAGCAGGCCGAAGAGGAGGUCGAGAGAAGAAUCCGCGAGGAGGCCGCCCAGAAGGCGGCCGAGGAGGAGGCCGAGAGGAAGGCCCGCGAGGAGGCCGCCCAGAAGGCGGCCGAGGAGGAGGCCGAGAGGAAGGCCCGCGAGGAGGCCGAGGAGGCGGCGCGGAGGGAGGCGCGGGCGCUGGAGGAGACCCGGGCGGCCGAGCGCGCGAGGGCGGCGGAGGAGGCCAAGGAGGCGGCGAGGCGGGAGGAGAGGGCGCUGGAGGAGGCCAGGGAGGCCGAGCGCGCGAGGGCAGCGAAGGAGGAAGAGCAGCGCACGAGGGCGCGGGAGCUGGCGGACGAAGCGGCCAGGAGCCUGCGCGGCGGCCCAGGAGGCGGCGGAGGCGGAGACCGAGGAGGCGGAGAAGGACGGGCGGCCAGGCGGCGGAGGGAGCAGCAGGCCGCGGCCGAGCGCGCGGCGCAGGAGGCGGCCGAGCAGGAGGCUACGCUACUUGUCUGCAGCGGGUCGUUGGAGAAGGCUGGCCUCUUGGCACUGCAGGGCUGA